UAAAACAUGUGAGGAAAAGUCCAACCACAAUCGCAAGGGGCUCCAUACUUUUGUUUUCACAGUCCUCAUCCCAAGAAAGAUCUAGACACCCACUAUAAAACAAUCAACACGAAGACCCUUCUGUGAACCAAAAUUUAGUGGUUGUUUGCAACUGAGGUGGUUGUUGUUCAUUCUUUAAUGGCCGGUUUACAGAGAUCUACAACAUCGUUCCGUAGACAAGGCUCAUCAGGACUAAUAUGGGACGACAAAUUAUUGACAGCUUCAGGUGAAUUGGUUCAACCGAACAAUCCAAGAGGAGAAAAUACUAAAACUGACAGAGAAGAAGAAGGUUCAAAGCCUAAAUUGGAGGUGUCGGUGCCAUCAAAAACAGGUGGAUCCAUUGAGAGAAGCCGGUCCAACCGCGGUUUCCGAACCGGUAAGGUGUCUCCAGCAAUUGAACCAUCAUCUCCUAAAGUAUCAGCAUGUGGAUUCUGUAGCGCUUUUGGAAAGAAUAAUGAAAAAUCUAACCGUAGACCCAAAUCCGGUAAACGCAAGAUGUAAAAGAGAUUAGUUCACAAGUGGUUGGUGGAAGAUGUUGUAGUAUGUUUCAUCUAGUUAAGGAUGAGGUGUAAGAAUUUUGGAGCUAGAAGACAACUGUACUUGUUUUAUGCUUUUUUGCCUUUUGUCUCUGCCAGAUUUGUACUUCUUUGGACAAUUUCUUCCGGUGUCUUGCUUUUCUUAGUUGGCUGGGUAAUAGUAUGUGCAUAAGCUUUAGCUUUUCUUUUUUUUCUUUCUGUCGUCUUUUUUGUCAUUCCUCGUUGUACAAAGGAUGAAUCUGAAAUUGGGACCAUAUCUUGCUUUGUCUUC